CCCUGGAAUCGCUGUUGUGCAUCCAACGUGGGACUACGGGACGAUCACCCAGAAAAAAAGGAAAAGUAACGCAAGAAAGGAAAAAACUCAUGGUGGUGGUACACAGUCGGAAGGAGGGGGGACAUUAUUUUACUAUUAAUUGGAUCGUCGAGAUUUUGUGACCACAGACUGCACCUGAUAAGCUGUCGGUUGAGUUAUUCUGGACCGGACUGUGUGUAUUUAAAAGUUGGAUUUAUUCGACUAACGUGAACGUUACAGCGGCGAAGUGCUGGUGAGAUUUGGACGGUAUGCAGCGCUCGGCUGGAGAGACCAACGCUGGAGUGUCCGGCACUAUUGCUGCGGGUCUUAACUUAUUUACUACAUCUUCAACUGUGUAGUGGACAUUUUACAACACCGUCAGAAGUCAACGUGCAACGUUUUGCUAAGUUUCAAACAUUUCGCCAGCUGCUCCGUUGAUCAACAAUUCAUCUGAGAGCUAUCCCAGGCGCACUGUGUCCUUUAACAUUUUGCUGUUGCAUGUUUUCAAACAUGUCACCAAAACAGCUAUCCUAUCGAGAACGUAGUUGUUCUAGCCCUUUAUGAACAUACUAUUUCAACUUGAAUUUCAGUUCAGGGCGAUAUACAAGUUCGCUGUAACAUCCUUUUGCUGCUUUAUCUGUGAAUCACCUUUGAUUUUUAGCCCGCGUCGGACACCAGCGGAGAAAGUUGGACUGGGAACUUGUGUCCUACAUGACUGGGACUGGGAUGGGAAACGUUUUACUGCACCACAGUUGUUUAUGCUAGCCUCUGUAGUACAAGAAGACAAUUCAUGUGCUAUAAAAGGCAUUCAGUCUCUCCGAAGCUACAUUAAUAUUCCAGUUUGUGGAGAGAGCUCAGCGGCCGCGCUAUUAAUACUGGAUACAAAAUGGCGGCGUCCCUGGGACGUUUUGGAUAUCUUUCUUCUUCUGUUUUUUAUUUAAUUUUGUCGGUCGAACUAUUCAUCAGUUACGGAGUGAGUUCAGACUUGCCGUGUGCCCAGAACUGUACCUGCAGCGGAGAUUCAGUGGACUGUAGUAACCUGGAGCUGACAGCUACGCCUCUGGACCUUCCAGUCCGGACUGUUUCCUUGAAUCUUGGCCACAACAAGUUGUCCGACAUCAAUGUUGAAGCUUUUGAGAACCUUCCCAACUUGAAAGAGCUGCGGCUGGACCACAAUGAGCUGACCUCCAUACCAGAUUUAGGACAGGCUGCUCCCAAGAUUGUAUCUCUCUACCUACAUCAUAAUAAGCUCCGCAGUAUAGACGGCAGGCGGACCAGAGAGCUGGCUUCUGUGGAAACCCUGGACCUGAGCAAUAAUGGCAUCACUGAGCUCCGAGGGCAGUGCUUUCCCGCAGGCCUCCAAAUCAGAGACCUCUACCUGAGCAACAACAAGAUCAGCGUAUUGGAGCUCGGAGCUCUGGACCAUCUGGGCUCGACUCUACAGGUCCUGAGACUGAGCCGAAACCGCAUCAGCCAGAUCCCUGUGAGAGCCUUCCAGCUCCCGAGGCUCACCCAGCUUGAGCUGAACAGGAACCGUAUUCGUCAGGUGGAGGGUCUGACCUUCCAGGGUCUGUCCAGCCUGGAGGUACUCAAGCUUCAAAGAAACAGCAUCAACAAACUGACUGACGGGGCCUUCUGGGAUCUGGCCAAGAUGAAAGUCCUUCACCUGGACUACAACAGCCUGACAGAGGUAAACAGUGGCUCCCUGUAUGGCCUGACAUCCCUUCAGCAGUUAUUCCUCAGUAACAACUCUAUAGCCCGCAUCAACCCUGAUGGAUGGAAGUUCUGCCAGAAGCUGAGGGAACUGAAUCUGUCGUACAACAACUUGACUCGUCUGGAUGAAGGCAGUCUGGCUGUGCUAGGGGAUCUCCACACCCUCCGUCUGGGCCACAACUCCAUCAGCCACAUCACCGAGGGAGCCUUCAGAGGCCUCAAGGCCGUACGCAUCCUGGAGCUGGACCAUAAUGACAUCUCUGGCACAAUAGAGGACACCAACGGGGCCUUCUCUGGAUUGGACAGCCUCAACAAGCUGACUCUGUUUGGAAACAAGAUCAAAUCGGUGGCCAAGAAAGCCUUCUCUGGCCUAGAGACCCUGGAACACCUGAACUUGGGAGAGAAUUCUGUUCGUUCCAUCCAGCCCGAUGCUUUCAGCAAAAUGAAGAACCUCAAAACCCUUUUGAUUCAGAGCGACAGCUUCCUGUGCGACUGCCAGCUUCACUGGCUGCCUGACUGGUUGGUGACACGUGGUCUGCAGGCUGGUGUCAAUGCCACCUGUGCCCACCCGGAGAGCCUUAAGGGCACCAGCAUCUUCCAGGCCCCGUCCAACAGCUUUGUGUGUGACGAUCUUCCAAAGCCCCAAAUCACCGUGCAGCCAGAAACGUUGGUGACGGUCCUUGGUAGCGACGUGCGUCUCACCUGCACGGCGGCGAGCAGCAGCACCUCCCCGAUGACCUUUGCGUGGCGUAAGGACCAGGAGCUGCUUCGCCAGGCCGAGACGGAGAACUACGCCCACGUGCACGCUCACCACCAAGGCGCGACAUCUGAUGUGCCAGGUGCAGGUGGAGGUGUGAUGGAGUACACCACUAUCCUGCACCUGCGGCGUGUCACUUUCGCCCACGAGGGCCGUUACCAGUGCAUCAUCACCAACCACUUUGGCUCCACCUACUCCAGCAAGGCCCGUCUCAUUGUCAACGUUCUCCCGUCCUUCGUGAAGACUCCCAGGGACAGCACCAUCAGGACGGGCCACACGGCGAGGCUGGAGUGCGCCGCAGAGGGCCACCCGACACCGCAGAUCGCCUGGCAGAAGGACGGCGGCACGGAUUUCCCCGCUGCCCGAGAGCGCCGAAUGCACGUCAUGCCCGACGAUGACGUGUUCUUCAUCAUGGACGUCAAGCCGGAGGACAUGGGCGUGUACAGCUGCACUGCCAAAAACACAGCGGGCACCGCCUCUGCCAACGCCACCCUCACCGUGCUGGAAACGCCCCACCUGGCCCAGGACCUGGAGGACCGCAGCGUGGCGGUCGGCGACACGGUGGCCCUGCAGUGCAAGGCCCUGGGCAGCCCGCCGCCGCGCAUCACCUGGCUGCGCGACGACCAGCCGCUGCGCCCCUCCGACAGACACCACUUCACCCCGGGGAACCAGCUGCUGGUCAUCGGCUCGGCGUCGCUGGAGGACGCCGGCCGCUACACCUGCCUCAUGUCCAACGCGCUGGGCACGGAGCGCGCUCACAGCCAGCUGGUGGUGACCCAGCGCCGCGGCCCCUGCACGCCACCGGCGGGGCCGAGCACGGUCACGAUCGGGAUCAUAGUCAUCGCCGUGGUGACGAGCAUCGUGGUGACGUCGCUGGUGUGGGUCUGCAUCAUCUACCAGACCAGGAAGAAGAGCGAGGAGUGCAGUGUCACCAACACAGAUGAGACGAUAGUUCCCCCAGACGUCCCCAGCUACCUGUCCUCCCAGGGCACGCUGUCCGAGCGCCAGGAUGUGUGUAUCCGCGUGGAGGCCGGCGGCGGCGGCCCUCAGCCCAACGGACACAUCGUAGACCCCACAGGUUUCACCGGCGCAGUAGUGUGUACAGACUGCAUGGAGAACGGCAGCAGCUACUCCAAAGACUCUGACUACCUGACACACGGGUUCGGCCACGCUGGAUGCAUGGAGUACCAGCAGCACUCGGUCCCCCCACCUUACUCUCACCGUCAUCCAGGGGAGCUGCAUGACGCAGGGCCACGCUCAGCCCCGUUCUGCAACGGGACGCCCAACGGGCUCCGGAAGGACAUUCAAGGAUCCGUGUUUCCAAAAAACCACGAUACAUUACAACUGGACCAACAUGAUAGAAAAGCGAGCAGAGGAGGACAAACGCCGGCGCGCUCCCCGUCACAGGAGGACUCCUUCCACAAGCCGGUGAAGCUGGCCGGCGUGACGGGCAACAGCCGUCUCGAAAGUGACUGUGAGCCUGAGCUCAGGCAGACUCUGCUGUCCAAUGGACACACCCUCAGAGCCUCUCAGAAUGAGAGCGCCCCCCUAAGGAGAGCCAGCGACUAGCAGGCACUUCAUCCAGCCCAAAAGCGGACUCGCGAUUGCUGAGUGGACUUUUAUUUUUUUUUUGCACUGGGAAAUAAACUGCUACCUCAUAUCGAGGCGAUUGAUCCUGAGCCUCCUGGAUCUGGACUGAAAGGGAGCACCGGGACGUGAAAAAACGCAGGGGGCAUCCGGAGUUUGAAGGUGGAGCUUGUGUGGGUGGCGUCCCAUCUGAGCGUAUCAGCUGUAUAUAGUUAAAAACCUUCCUUUGGGAGGUGACCAAUAAAAAUUCUAGCUCCAAAAAAUGUGACUUGCAUUUGAAGCAUGUAAAUGUAGGGAAUCUUGUACAGUACAUGUAUGUGCAGGGAGAAAAAAAGAGAAAUAUACCUUUGGACAUUUGACUGUA